AUGUCGUUAACCAAUGUCUACCACGUGCGCCGUGUCGCAGAGACCUCCGCUAAAGCAUGCAUGAUCUGCUACAAACCAUCAACCACUGUGAUGAUCACUCCAGACAACAAGGACUUCUUCUAUGUGUGCCCCGCACAUCUUCAAGAUCGGCACUUCUGCUCUCCUAUCAUCGACACAGAGGGUCAAGCAAAACGUCUCAAAGAUGCUGCAAUGGCCGAAGAGAUAGAAAAGGUCAAGAAGGAGUAUGAAGAGAAACAGCGUCGCAAGAAGGAGCGGAAGGCCUCGAGCAAGGAUGAAGACGAGAAAGAUAAGGAUAAAGACGACUCUAAAGAUAAAGGUAAAGAUACUUCCGAGACAAGUAACAAAGAUGAGAAGGAGAGAGAUGAGAAAAUUGCAUCUAUUCAAAAGGGAAGUGGCACAGAGACGAAACCGGAUGACUCUCCUCGAGUCUUUUCUUUGCACAAGAACUUUUAUCAAAUGCGGAUCGAACGACUACGCAGCAUCGAAAUGGCGAAACGAAACCAGGAAAGGAUGAAGAACCCUUCACUGUUUCCCUCUGUGCCAACUGGAAACCCAUAG